AGAAUAUUGGUUAUAUCCACAAGUGAUGAGUGGACAGAGAGUUAAAGUCUAUUGUCACAACAUGGAAACAAACCCGAAAGAGUAUAUCACCCUGAAGUAUACCAAUACAUUUGUUGAACAUGACGCAUCAAACUGGAUAAUACAAUGGCAACAGUGCCGAAAUGACUACAAGCCUCCAUUAAAGUUGGCAAAUUUCUCCAGAGUUUCCAUAAACAUCCAGAAAAUGACCAUAAAUGGAGCUGACUACACAUUUGCUGUGCGUACAGGAAAAUUCAAGCUUGAAUUUGGACAAGCAAUGGAUUGCAAUGGGGCAAGUUCAUUUUCAAGCUGUCCUCACUUUGGCGAUGCCAUGAUCAAUACGCUCGGAACAGGAAUCAUUCUUGACGGAAGUACUGCUUGGGGAUUGAUCGCUGCUAAUAAGGCGGUGAUGAAGAAUUUCAGACGUUCGGAAGAUGGCGCUAAAAUAUCAUUUACUUGUGGGGGCUGGUGUGGAGUCUGUGGACCCUUAUCUCUGCCAUUACGAUUUAUAUUGUCAUCUGAAUUUGUACCAGAUGAAGAGGCAAGAGCGGAGGUUUGUACAAUGUGAAGAUAAUCAUAGAGGCUGCCAGAUGCUGCUCAAGUGAAUACAGAUCCUGCUCAAAUGAAAACUAGUUUUCUUAAUAUCCAAUAUGUCUCAUACCGAACAUUGAACUAUUUCCGACGUAUGCAAUGUUUAUGGGAUUCAUGAUAUGAACGUCUAAGCUAUGGUGUGUCCAGGGGUCCGUGUUUGCCCAACUAUCUAUUUUGUAUUGCUUGUAGGAGUUAUGAGAUUGAUCACUGUUCGUUAUCUUCACCUUGCAUGUACACAUUUUAUAUUCUCCAUCGUCAACUUCCCAUAUCUAUGUAACAAUAUUCCGUUACCAUUUGCAUAUGGUGUUUAUAUAUGUAUUUUCGACUCCAGUUCCGUAUGUACUUAGUAUGGAAUUCAUGAUAGAAGAGUCUAACCGAUAUGCACAUAUUUCAUAUUGCUAAUGAUGGAUGUUUCCAGUAUAAAAGAUACAGUGUAUCACAUGUACAGUAAAGAUAGUGAAGGACUGUAUGAUAACAUAACAUUUUCAGAGUGUCACAUGUACAGUAAUGAUAAUGAAGAACUGUAAAUGAUAGGCACUCUAUUUGGUUAUCAAAAUCAACAUUCGUGCUUUUGUUUCAAAAUCAUAUGUAUUUUGUGCAAUUCAGUUGUUACAGAACUAUGAUAUCAGGACAUAGGGCUCACGGCGGGUGUGACCGGUCGACAGGGGAUACUUACUCCUCUUAGGCACCUAAUCACACUUCUGGUGUGUCCAGGGGUCCAUGUUUGCCCAACUAUCUACUUUGUAUUGCUUAUGGGAGUUUUGAGAUUGAUCACUGUUCGUUAUAAUCUUUGAAGGAUGUAAUUAGGUGGACAAUUUCCACUUCUUUUAAAAUCUCGCUUGUUAGUGGCAACACCGUUUCUCUGACGACCCCCCCCCCCCCCCCGAAAAAAAAAAAGUGGAUCAAAAUGAAAGCUAAAUUUAUACUUUUACCAUCUGAAAUGUAAUUUCAUCCCAUGAUUUCUCAAUCAACUUCGAAACAAUAGGGGAAAUUUAUAUAGAGUUAUAUAGGGAGUGUUAAUAUGUUUCAACAUUUAAGCAUCAGUCAGUAGAUGCAUUACAUAUAUAAAAUAUCAGGUGGAGGAUAUACUAUCAUUUUAAAUGAAUUCGGAUUUUCAGUAUUUCAUAUCUAAUUUCUGUGUACGGUUAAAGCGGUCCAUGCCCUGUGAAGCUAUCUUGUCAACGCAUAAUAAAUCGCAUCGAUUGUACAAUAAAAGAUUUGUAGAUUAAAGUAUAAACAUGAAAACAGUUUGGAAUCAAUGAGGACAUUUGUUAAUGUCGUGAGCAACGAUCCUAACAUUGUUUUUCUGAAAUUAAUUCAUAACUUUUCGAUAUGAAAAGUUCUUGCACGAUUUCUGAAGUAAGCGUAAAAUAUAUGUUAUAAAUGUUCUUGUCACACAUCGUAUAUUAGCCUGGUUAACUCAUUCGAUCACUUAAUCAAUAAUACAAGGGUCCCGGGGUUCAUCUUUCAUGGAUCCAAACCUGUAUCCUCUUCUUUGCUGCGUGUACAAUAAUUUCGUAAUAUAGAGCUUCGAUAUUUUGAUAGUUUUUGGUUGUAGCAAGUAAGAAUAAGGUGUGUCCAGGGGUCCGUGUUUGCCCAACUAUCUAUUUUGUAUUGCUUGUAGAAGUUAUGAGAUUGAUCACUGUUCGUUAUCUUCACCUUGCAUCCAUAUAUACAAAAGUAUUUAAACUUUACAUGAAAGGUGAAUAUAGUGAACAAUGAUCAAUCUCAUAACUCCUAUCAAGAAUUCAAAAUAAAGUUGCAGCAAAUAUAUUUGUUUAUCAUAACUAUUAACCAACACUUUGCAGAAAUUUGCCAGUAUUGGCACACAGUAAGAAUCUGGUAAACAUUUGUGAAUUUUAUAAAAGAUAUGCCAUUCGUGGCAAUCUACUGGUAAGCAAUACAGUUAAAGUUUUUCGAAUUUUUCCUGAAAACAUAAUUACAGUCUACUCCGGAUAUAACGGAAUUUAGGGGACCUACCUGAAUUAUUCAUUAUAUCCAAAGUUCAAUAUAACCAAUGCUGAACUACAUAAAUAUUUCUACUGGGGGAUUUAUUUUAACUUCAAUAUAACAGAUAGUUCAGUAUAACCGACUUCAAUAUAAGUGGAGUGGAUUGUAGUUUGUAUUGAUAUUGUAUAACAUCACUUGGUAUGUUGGACUCCCCUAAGACGGCAUUUUUUAUCAUUUUAAUUAUCAUUUUACUUUAUUAUUUCGUUAUCAUUUUAUUUUACAUCGCAGCACUCUUGUGUUAUAGACCUUCUAUGAAGUAGGAAA